UAAGAAAAAUAGCCUGUUUUCACUACAACAUUCGACCUAAUCCUCAAUGAGAUAUUGUUGAGUUUCCUCUUCACAUUCUCUGGAUGCGUCGGUCCUUCAAAUUUCUAUCUAACUUUUCUCUCCUUACGAUUUUGUUGAAGGCAUCCGAUUCUUUAGUAAGACGUGAUGGCAAAUCAGAUGGCGAUAUCUUUAGAUGUGAUGCACCCUUAGAACCCGAAAGCGCACCGCCUUGUUUAACGAGUUACCUAGAGCUUACAACAGAGCCUGAGGCUACGGUGGUGUGGUUUCAGCGUUCUGGGUGUCCUCAACGCAAAGAUACUACCUUUGUAGGAUGUAACUAGGAGAUCAGACGCAACAAUGGGCUCUGUGCCCGGGAGAAAACGCCAAGAGCUCGUAUUGGCGCCUGCUUCCUCGAGAUAGUAUCACAUGCAGCCCUCGCCCUCGUGCCCGGCUGCUUCACCUCCGCCA